AUCCGGUAUGAUGACGUUCAAAGCUCGUUAUACUUUCAGCUCAAUUUACUGACCUUAGUACUGCCCAAUCCAGUGUAGGCUCCGUUGAACUCAGGCCACUGGCCGAUAUAUUCAAAAGGUCGCAUCUGCCCAUGAAACAGCAUUCACUUAGACCUCGAUACACAUCGAAAUGAUCACUCGAAUCUUCACGAUUUCUGUUGUCUCCCUUCUCCUCUCCAAAGCCUGUGUUAUGGCCGCUAUUAUUACUGCUGCUAACACAACCUCAACCAAUUCGAUCGAUUGUGGUGACGGCCAGCCUUUUUGCUGCAUAGAGGAUCGGUCUCAAGUGGGGAAUGUUAAUGAUGACGCGUGCCAAAGCUACUCAGAGAAUUGUUCAAGUGGCUACUUACCAUCUUGUUGCAACAUAGUGACCAACAUGAAGGACUAUUAUUACUGCGAGGAGGGUUGACAAUAGGGUUGUCCGACAUUUUGAAGCACGGUACCUCAGUGAAGGACACUCGUCGGUUUGGACUUUCGAACGGACUAUACCAUAGAUUUAUCUUAAAUGCAUAAUAUUCCACUCAGGCUGGUGCAAAAAAUAUCUCAAACUUCUGUG